CAAGCGCCGCGGCCAGCCAGCUGCAGCUGCCACCAGCGACCUCAGGCUUGCGGCAGUCGUGCUUCCACAUCACCAUGCAUACUCGCUGCGGAUACUGAUGAACUCGCUAUAUUACUCUCAUUGCUGAAUCCGGCCUUCUCUGCUAGCGCCCACGACAGAUGAUACCGCAGAGAUUCGCUACGUCACGCUUGAUAAUACACCGUCACACGACCAACUCCCUCUUUACCGCCAUUGUUGCCUCUCCAAUUCGAAAGGCGCGCAUCCUUGCUCUUCUCCAGGGCCGUUGACGACUUGCGAGACUUUCUGAACCAUGGGGAAGGACAGCGACGUCCCCCAGCCGGGGCCAGCGCGCCUCUCGAAAGGCGCAGGACCUGAUGAGUGGUUGGAGCAGGCGAAACAAUGCAAAUACCUGCCGGAAGCCGAGAUGAAGCGCCUUUGCGAGAUCGUGAAGGAGUGCCUCAUGGAGGAAUCAAAUAUCCAGCCUGUCCGGACACCCGUCACAGUAUGUGGCGACAUCCAUGGCCAGUUCUACGAUCUCCUUGAGCUCUUCCGGGUCGCUGGCGGGAUGCCCAGCGAUACUCCUACCCCACCCAUUGCUCCUGCCGCCACGUCCCCCGUUCCUUCAGCCAUAAAGCCCGAGGAUAUUGAGCCACCCACCAUGAUUACAGACCCGAAGGCAAAGCGGAAGAUGAAGAGGAGAUUUCAGCGCGAUGCCAACUAUACUGGGCCGAGCAGUCCCAACGAGGGCGAAGAGGAGGAGGAAGAAGAGGAGGAAGAGCGCGGCCGGAGUAGAAGUAUCACUCGCAGGCGGAGUGCAGAAGCACAGUCCGAGGCGGGAUCCACGCGGAAUGUUCCUACCGGUAAUGGACAGCAGAACUUUGUCUUCCUGGGCGACUUCGUGGACCGAGGUUAUUUCAGCUUGGAGACUUUUACACUUCUCAUGUGCUUGAAGGCGAAAUUCCCUGAUCGAGUUACCCUCGUCCGCGGAAACCACGAGUCCAGGCAGAUCACCCAGGUGUACGGUUUUUAUGAAGAGUGCCAGACCAAGUACGGUAACGCCUCAGUAUGGAAAGCGUGCUGUCAGGUCUUUGACUUCCUCGCCUUGGCGGCCAUUGUAGACGGAAAAGUCCUAUGUGUGCACGGCGGAUUGAGCCCCGAAAUCAGGACACUGGAUCAGAUCCGCGUGGUUGCAAGAGCCCAGGAAAUUCCCCACGAGGGCGCAUUUUGCGACUUGGUGUGGAGUGAUCCGGAAGAUGUCGAUACAUGGGCCGUCUCUCCUCGCGGCGCUGGGUGGUUGUUCGGAGACAAGGUCUCUUCAGAGUUCAAUCACGUCAACGGCCUACAACUCAUUGCUCGAGCGCAUCAGCUGGUCAACGAAGGCUAUAAGUACCACUUCAAAGACAAGGACGUUGUCACCGUUUGGUCAGCACCGAACUACUGCUAUCGCUGUGGCAACGUGGCCUCCAUCAUGAACCUAGGCGAGGAUUUGAAGCCCGAAUUCCAGAUCUUCAGCGCCGUCCCCGAUCAUCGAAGAGCCGUGCCGGCAGGAAGAGGUACGCGCGGCGAGUACUUCUUGUAAUGAACGACUGUGUGGGGAACUGUGCAUACAUACGUUACGAGCUUUUGUGGGGGGUGUUGAAUGUCAUGACGAUAGACGGCGGCGGCGGGGUGGGCUUGGGCUGGUGUUCACUUGAGGCUGCUUGGGAAGCAUUAUUGAGGAUACGCGCAUGCUGCAUUGCUAGGAAGAAAGAAUACCCAGGAACUUUGUUCAUGACCUUGUAAUAUAUUGGACGCGUUUGUAGCUGUAUGAAUACUAG